AUGGAAGAAAGCGAUAAGAACAACAGCAAGAAAACAAGAGAAGAUGUUGAAGGAACUCAACUUCUUGAUGAAAUCAUAACUCAACACAUUCUUACGCGGCUUCCCCCCAAACCGUUAAUCCGAUGUAAGCUAAUUUCAAAGCAAUGGAAUUUUAAUGUCAAUUUCUUCUUGGAUUAUAUAAAACAAUCUAUAUAUAGUGACCCUUUUACCCCAAUUGAAACUCUCUUUAUUCAAUCUGGGAAAACAUUUUACCUUUAUACAUGCAAUAAUCAUGAUAAUGAUGAUGUUGAGGUUGAAUAUGUUCGUACUAGUCAAUAUAAUUUGGUUGAAUUAAAGACUGGUUUUCGUGUUGCUAGGAGGGAAAGUAUUGGAUGUGUAGGAUCAUGUAAUGGGUUGAUUUGUUUAGGUGAAAUGCUUGGAAAAUAUUUCAUUUUAUGGAACCCUGAAAUUAAUCAAUUUCAUAGAUAUUACUUCGAAUUUUUGGAGCAAAAUUCAAGGGAUAUUUGUUGGGGGUUUGGUUAUGUAUCUUCUCUUGAUGACUAUAAGGUGGUUAGAAUCUCUCAGUUCCGGUUUCGAGCCAAGAUCGAUUCAGUUCAUGUGUUUUCAUUGAGGACUAACACUUGGAGUAGGAUUGAAUUUGGUAUUGGUGAAUGUAGAUUAGUGGGUCGAUCAAGGUUGGUUAAUGAGACUUUGUAUUGGAGAAAGGAGGAUGAUAAUGAUAAUGGGGAUGUACAAAUUGUUUCCUUUGAUUUGGGUCUUGAGACUUUUGCUAUGUUCACUGAUUUGGCUAUUCGAGCACCCGAGAAUGCUACCUUAUGUAUCAUGGGAGGGUGCUUAUCCGUUGGCGUUCGCAACUCUGAUGAUGAUUUGGUGACACACGUUGUGAAACGUCCGGGAAGGGUGGUUAAGGGUUUUUAUUCUGAUUUGAGAGACACUGUAUUUGAUGAUUUGAUCGGGUUGACAGAGGCUGGCAAGAUAUUUGUUGUUUAUCCUCGUUGCUGGGUGCCAUGCUUGGUUGUUUCGAGUUCAAUGAAAUCAAUUGUGACAUUUGAAACUAAUGAAAACCUGGGGAGCACUUAUAUGGCGAGUUAUGUUCCGAGUCAAAUUUCACCUCUUCCUCCUGUGGAGUGUGGAGUUGCCCAAUGCUUUAGAACAGGUACCUUCUAUGCCUUUGCCUUUUAUUUGUUCUGUUUUACCUGCUUCCUUUAG